AUGGCAUUUUCUAGGCGUCUAAAUACAACGUUUUUGAGUUCACAAAGGCAGCGGAAAAACUUUGGAGAUGAUGGAACUCCUCUAGAUAGACGUCCUGAAGGAGGGACUAUGCCUGGAAAGAUGCAAAUGUGA